UCUCCCUACAACAUCUUCUUCUCAUUUUUUCACUUUUGUUUCUUCAAAACAUACCAAGAAAGUUUUCAAACUUUAUAAAUAAGACAAAACCCUAAAACCCCUUUAUUUUAAAUUUUAUUUUUUAGGUGGUCCAAAGUCUUGUUUACUAGAAAAAUAAAAGAGUAUUUAUCAAUAUAUUGAGGGGGGUAGAAUUUGUUGUGUUUUAUUGAAACUUAGCCUUGCUUGGAAAGAACAAAAUAAUGGAUUGGAAUGGGAAUAUUAGACCUUUUGUUUCAAGACCAAUUCUUGACAAUUCUCUCAAUUUCCUCUAUAGCUACAAUUAUGACCAAUAUCCAGGUAUGGAAAUGAAGCAUGCAAUGCAAACACAACAUGGUGGAGUACCACUCCCAACAAUGGACAACAACAACAACAACAACUUUGUAUUCAAUCAACAUCAAUUGGACAAGAAGAAAAGAUUGUCAAGUGAUCAAUUAGAGUCACUUGAAAACAGUUUUCAAGAAGAAAUAAAACUUGAUCCAGACAGGAAAAUGAAAUUGGCUAAAGAACUUGGAUUACAACCAAGACAAAUUGCUGUUUGGUUCCAAAAUAGAAGGGCUAGAUGGAAGGCUAAACAACUUGAAAGACUUUAUGAUUCACUUAAACAAGAUUAUGAUGUUGUUUCAAGGGAAAAACAAAAGCUCCAAGAUGAGGUAUUGGCAUUAAGAGCAAUUUUGAAGGAACAAGCCACAAAGAAGCAAGUAAAUUCCACAGUUUAUACUGAAAUAUCAGGUGAAGAAACAGUUGAAAGCACAUCAAUGCCAAGUUCCAACAAGACAAUUACAAGAGCAAUUACUACAAGUAGCCAUCAAAACAAUAAUAUUAUUAACAAUAAUAACAACAAUAGUAAUAUGGCUGAAUGUAGCUAUGUUUACAAUGUUGUAGAUGGGCUUAAUCCAGUUAUGCCACCUUAUUGGGCCUCUUUGCCAACAUAUCCAUGAAGAAAGAUUAAUUAACUUUAUUGUGUUGUACUUCUAAUUAAUCUGUUAAGUUCAGCUUUCUCUUUAAUUUGCACUAAGAUAGACUAAUUAGAAAAAUAGGGAAUAGAGUAGCUAGCUAGUAGAGUGAGUUAGUGACUCGAACUCGCAACCUUUGGGUUGGAAGUGAGAGGUGUUUACGAUAGCAACUCCCUCUUGUCGCUAGCUACUAGAGUUAGUUUGAUAAGUUGAUGUUAUAUUUAAGAUUAGGACUACUAAGUGGUUUUUAUUAGUUUAAUUGUAAGGUUGUACUACUCUUAUUGUUGUACUAUUGACAUUAAUGUCAUUAGUUUUUAAUAGUAUAAGAUAGUUGAUGUUUAAUUAAUUCCAUUUGUUAUAAUAUAUACUUUACAAUUUUUUGAA